AGGCGUGGGCCAGGCCGCCACCGGAGGAGGCGGCAUCUUUCUUCACGCCCGACGCAUUUUCCUAUUGCAGAUGGCGCUGAUUCCCGUGUGCAACAGCGACCUGACGGCGGUGAUUCCCACGAGCGGGAAAAUGCACGCUGAUGCUUCUUUCGCCCAAGAAUCAGUCUGGCUAUUGCUUGAGAGGAUGCGACGGCAUCAGUCACUCGCUGCGGGAAUCCAAUACUGCGGGAAGCUAUUGUGCCGACACUACAGGGAUCCUAAAAUUUACUGCUUAAUUUUCUCGCCAUUAUUUAUCGUCUGGGCUUAUAAAAGGAGACACCGAGGCUCUCGUCCAGCCAUCCUUGAAAUCGCCACUGCGCAAAGUGUAUAACACAAUUUUUUUCAGUCGGUAUGAGUUUGCCUUGCUCGGAUCAAAGCAUUAGGCCGAGGAAAAUGAAGAACGCAAGUUUGCCUCCUGGGGUGGCAGUCCUGCGAUGUUGGUGUGGCGAUCUUUGCAAGGUGAAGGAGGUGACGGAUUUUUCAGAUUGGUUGGGCAUGAAGUUUUUCAUGUGCGCCAAUUAUGAGGAAGAUCCUGCCGUAGCUAUUUCAGAGUACGACAAGCCUCCGUCUCCUCCGCCUCUGUGCAUGUACUAUCAUUGGAUUGACACGGAGAAGCCGGCUUGGGCAGUGACUGAGAUUCGUGAAAGAAGUCGCCGUGCGUGGAAUAGUUUAUUUGCGGAAGAGCGAUGCGAGAAGGCGGAAGCUGAGGAGAAAGCAGAGCAAGAGAGAGAGUUAAAAGAAUACUAUGCGGAGCAACACCGUUUUUUUGAGGAAAUGGGAAAGAAAAACAGGGAAGAGGCUCGUCGCAUGGAGGAGCAGGAACGACAGCGAAAGGAGGCUCGUGAGGCAGAGAGGCAGAGAAAGAAAGAAAGGGCUCGUCAGGCCAAGGCAACAGAAGAAGCUGGCGAUGGAAAAGGAAAAUAUCCACGCUGGACUCAGUAGAUUCCUGUGGUAGUAUUUAAAAUUCCGCAAUCAUUUGUAUCUUUAUUUCUGCACUUUAAUGUAGCUUUAUUUCAGGAGUUAAAUGUAGGUAUAUUCCUACAAUGUAUCUUAUUUUCAGUUGUGCCGUGUCGUAAUGGAAAAAAAUAUAGUUUAAGAAUAAAGUAGUGGCAUU